UCGAGUGAAUGUAGUCUAAUCACUGCGGGAAUGCGCGAUGGUGAACAGCCGACUGGUGUAAUGACCGCAGAUUUGUGAUUGUUCGCACCAUUCCUCUUUUUUCUUGCAGUGCCAAGACCACAAGGGUGAGUGACCGGACUCCCGUGUAUUCAGAACCUCUCUCUCCUCCGAUUCAAUCAUAUCAUAUGUAAUGCUCCCAUCCCCACCCCCCACCCUCCGCCAGCCAUAAGACGGACUGUACUGUACUACGAGAUUACCAAGGCCAGUUUAUUAUUCUCUCUCCCCCCUGUGCACUUUCCCUUGCGCACAGCAUUUUUUCCCUCAACCCAAAAACAACUACCAUGAUUACCUGCAUAGUUGCCUUCCAUCCACCUCUAAGUCAACAAUCCUCCACAGCCACGGCAGAGUAACAUCUCUUAUACUUCCCUACUGACUCUCUUCCCUCCUUCACGCCCCUUUUCGUGUACAUACAUUCAUAUUGCAUUGCAUACAGUACAUAACAUUAUUCGCGCUUCCGGUCCUGUCGUUCCCCGCACAAUAUCUACGCCGAAUUAACAUCAAUGCUGUACAAACGCUGGAGAUAUAAGUUUCGCCUCCGCCAUGCUUCGAGUUCCCUGGAAACUUUUUAUGCACCAACCAGUUCACCCUGAUGGCUACUUGCAGUGAAUGUAACCACCACAGCUACCGCACUGCUACUGCUAUCACAUCACAAGUACAACUCAUCAACCGCAACCUCCGGCUGACAAUUUUGGCCCAUCGCCUGACUCCAGGUGUGAUUUUUACAAAACAUACCCCAUCACUCCUUAAGUCUCUCUGCUAAUGAUAAGUCAUACACAACGUAUACCAUCAAACACCAGAUGGUUGCAGACAGCCCUCAUUUUCGCUCCCCAGCCUCAACAAAAACGACAGUCAUGAGCGUAUUAAUACCACUUGUCCCUCCAACAAAAAGAAACGAAAGGAGAACACCGCCCCGCCCCGCCCCCCACAUGGGAUUGCAACCGGAAACUAAAAAACCAAACUUUUGGGAGAAAAUGCUUCUAAAAAAAAAAAAAAGAAACAAGUGUUACCUAAUCCCACUCUGACUGCGAGGUUAAGAUAGUUA